AUGGAAGCAUUACAAUAUCAUGAAAAAAUAGAAGAAUUGCAAAAAGCGUUUGAAACUGCAAAACAGUUGGUUCAAGAAUAUUUAGACGACAAAUUAAACAAACAGAAUAUAUCGCAAGAUGAUCCAGAAAAUCCAAUAGCAAAAUUAAAUCAAGAUCAAAAACGUGUGUUUGAUAAAGUCGUUACAACUGUAAGAUCAGAUAAAUCACCAUUGCGAUUAUACGUCAGUGGAGAAGGUGGUACAGAAAAAAGUUACUUAAUUAAAACUAGUAAAUGCUGGAUAAAACAAAAUCUCAACAAAGAUACUGCUAUAGCAGCUCCUACUGGAUCUGAUCAUGUAUUAAAAGAUUUACGAGCAGAUCUCGAAGAUGUUAUUCUGAUUAUAAUUGAUAAAGUGUCAAUGAUUUUUAAUUUGACGUUAAUGUACAUAUAUCUUCGAUUGUGUCAAAUAUUUGACACUAUUGAUUCUGAUGACGGCUGGUUCGGUGGAAAACACAUUCUUCUAUUUAGAGAUUUACUUCAAUUACCUCCUGUAAACGAUGAUUUUGUGUUUGUGAGCUUAUCAAAGGAAAAAAUUGAUAGAUAUCUUGGUUCGUUGGAGGCCACAAAUAGAUGGACUAGAUUGUUUGACUACGACGAAUUAACAAUCAAUAUGCGACAGCAAGGAGAUGAAUCUUAUUGUGAGUUAUUAUCGAAAAUUUGUAUUGGAUUAGUGACUCAUGAUUUGCCAACAGAUACCGUAUGUUUACUAUCUACUUGUCAUAUGUGUGACGUUCUGAAUGCGGCAAUGCUAAAUCGAAUUACUGCUGAAGAAAUAGUAUUAAUUGCAAAAGAUAAAAUAAAUUGUAAUCGCUUUGUUGAAAACAAAGUUGUAAAAACAUUGUCAAAUCAUGAAGAUGAUAAUUCAAGAACAGCCGGACUUUCCAAAAAAAUUAUUAAAAUUGGAGCAAAAGUUAUGAUACAUCGAAUCAUUGAUGCUAGCAAAGGCCUUGUAAACGGUACAAUAGGUAAAGUGAUUUCCGUUGUUAAAGAUGUAUGAAAUAAUACUAUAGAAAAAAUAAAUCUUCUUUUGCCGUCAGGAGAAGAAUUUUUAAUUGAGAGAGUAAGUGUCAAAUUUUCUGUCAUGGAAAGAAUAUAUGUCAUUAGAAAACAAUUUUCAUUGUGCCUGAGUUAUGGAAUUACUGUCCACAAAAGCCAAGGAUUGAGUUUGCAGAACGCUAUUAUGAAUGUAGGUAAUUCUGUAUUCAGUCCUGGUCAAAUUUAUGUUGCAUUGUCUCGAGUAACGUCUUUGGAAAGAUUGUAUUUAAUUAAUUAUGAUCCUUCAUUUGUGUAA